AGAUACAAUUUACGUGAUUGCCAAGCUCAUUAUAUUUGCCAAGCAUCUUGGUUUGGCAAUAUAUCUCAAGGGCCAUUAUUAGGAUUGUGUAGCGGUAGACCCACGUUGGAUACUUGCUUCAUUAUUUAUAUGAAUCUUAAGUGAUAUAUUAUUAUGUUCUAUGUGUAUCUUAUGCUUAGGUAUACGAGAAUAAAAAAAAAUUGGUGCUUGUAGAAGUGUAUGUUGAGUGUACCUUUUUGCAUUUGAUCCUUCCAAUUGUCGAAAAAGGUAGGUUAAUAAUCUCACGUAGCUUAUCCUGGACGAAAAGGAAGACGAUUACCGCUAGUCAAACCUUACCUAUUUUACCAUUAUAGGGUAUUCAGAUAUUAAAUACGUCGCGACUCUCAGGGUUCAGUACCGAUCAAAAAACAACAAAUAAAAGGACAAUAAAGAAGUCUCAAAUCAAGACCUAACGCGCUGCCGGCACUAGAAAAGCAAUCCUGAGAAAACCAUAAUAAAAAAAAAAAACUUUCUUGCAAUGUAUUUAUAAGACAGUGGGCUACAAAAACAAAAUAUAAUACAAACAAUUUUUCCACAUCAAUUAACCCCUUUUUACAAUGACCCUAUCACGCUACUAUUUGUGAAUGGACAUGAAUUUAAUGAAUCAAUUAAUUAAGUCAAUGCUUCAUUGGCUACACGAAGGCUGCGUUUUCUAAUAUAAUUUUAUGCCAUUUAAGAUAGUUUCUUGAAAUGUUUUUGCGUAAAAAAUUGCCAUUCGUGUCCAAACCGUCGCGUACACUACUUGUGGCAAAACAUCAUUUUAUCAACAUUUUCUCUGCACUUAAUAUUUGAAUUACAUUUCAUAAUGGCCGUUUCGAAGUGUUUCCUUGUUACUUUUUUCGUGAUGUUCGUCGUUGGUGAAUCAUUAGGCAGAGCGACCUACCGCUCCCGAAACCGCCGUGAGCUGAGCCUAUCAGACGCUACAGAGCCUUUCGACGUAACUGAAGUUGAGAAGUACAUCGUCGGCGAGUUUGGAGCCCGAUCCUGUAUCUUCGAGCGUGUAUGUGCACACUACGCAACAAGAGCACAAGCGCAGCCGCGCCAGCAGCUGGACUGGCCUGAUGUUUUUAGCCAAUACAAGCGGUCGCCGGACCAAGCCAAAGAGUUCUACCUACUUAGUGUGUUUCUAGGCGACAUAGUUGGCUCACCACAGCUAUGCCUUCAACUAGGAAAGCGGAGGAGUUGUGACAACAUGGAGUUUGGUAUUGCGUAAGGAUAUGUUAGAACUCUAUACACAAAUGCAACUUGUUUCAGACCAAGUUAAAAUUAAGUAUAGUGUAGUUCGUUUGAGUGUUUUAAUUGUAGAUAGUAAUAUUUUAAAAUAGGUAGUUUGAUCACCUCAAAAAAAAAGUGUUCCCGAAAAAAGAUACAGGAACCGAAAUAAAUUUAUUCUCUUUCUUUUCAUAAUUCCAGUAUUUUUAUUAUAAUGAUACUAUUUUAUCGUUCUUAACAAAAUCUUUAGAUACGUGGCUUGUAAAGUAGAUACUUUAGUUAUCAAUUUAAACAAUACUUAAUACUUAUAUAGAGACGAAAAAAAUCUUAAGAUAGUCCCAUUCUUGGCAUUCAUAAAACGUCCCAUUCAAUUUCAAUUUUAAUCGAAAAAGCGUUUUAUAGAACGAUUUGCGAUUCUUUCUUUUCCAGCUAUGAUUAAAUUCAAUAUUACAGGGUUUGACUGAAUUAAAUUCUUUUACGCGACAUGCAAUCCAUAACUUAUUACUUAGUAUUGUUAAAGUGAGACAGCGUACUACAGAACGUAGAGCACUGUCUCUUUUCAACAUAAUAAACAGUGUAACUCUAAAAAGUGUUGUUCGAUCCAUAAAACAUUAUGAGAGACCAAAGUAGUAUAUAUUUUUAUGUAGAAUUUGUAGUUUUUUAAUGUAGUUAAAAUAUCUAUAAAUGUAGUUCUUGGAUUUUGAAUUAUUCUUGUCGGGAAUAUGUGUAAUGAAUUUGAAUAGGCGUUGUUUUUACUAUUUCUAAGUUCUAAAGAUAUUAUUUAUGUAUUUAGUUGUGCCUUUAACAUACCAGUUUCCUUAUAAAUUGCACUCAUAAGUUAUAGUUGUAAAGCAAGUGUUUUCUACGAGAUUUUCAUUUACUUGCUUGUAGCGAUGCUAUAAAUUCUUUAAGCAAUAUUAAAUUCUUGUUUUCUUUUUCUGGUAUAUUAACUUUUAUGAUGAUGCACAUUUUAAAACUUAGAGGGUAUUACAUAGUCCUCUAAGAUGUUUUUACAACGUAAUACUUAAGCAUUAAUACGUUUUUUUACUAAGCUUUUAAUCUAUAUAAUAUAUUUUCUAAAGUACU